AUGACCGUUCAGGCCUUUUUCGAAGCGCUUUACGCCAACAAGUUGCUCGUCGCCGCAAUUGCUACAAUAAUCCUGGGACUAAAUGUUUUGCGGAUUAGAUACCAACCCGGUUUAAGACGAAUCCCCGGCCCUUUCCUAGCCAGCAUCACUUCAUUGCAUAGAUGCCUCACCGGCAUCCAGGGCCAGCAGUUUCUGAAAGAUAUCGAAUACCAUAGAAAAUACGGCCCUCUAGUACGAGUAGGACCAUAUCAUGUCUCGGUCUCGGAUUCGAGCUGCAUCAACCAAAUCUAUGGCAUUUCAUCUAAAUUCUACAAGAGCGAGUUCUAUGACAUCUUCCACGCAGACACGGGAACAUCCAAGGUUCCAACACUGUUUUCCGUUCGCGAUGAGUCCCUUCACAAGUCGAUGAAACGCCCAGUCGCCAACGCAUAUUCCAUGACAUCCAUGGUCGAGCUUGAGCCCAUGGCAGAUGAAUGCUCCCGAAUUUUCAUGUCGAAAAUGGAUAGAAUGGAAGGUGAAGAUGUUGAUCUCGGUACCUGGCUCCAGUGGUAUGCCUUUGACUUUGUCACGUCGGUUACAUUCUCCGAGAGACUUGGUUUUAUGGAACAGGAGACGGAUGUGGCUCAGAUUAUUGAUGCUAUUGAAGGACGUCUGGCGUAUAAUGCAAUCAUUGGCCAGGCGCCCUACUUGCAUAAGUUCUUGCUGGGGAAUUCCUUUGUUAAAACAAUAACGUCUAGCUUGAAGGCCGUGGCGCGGCUGAAUUCCGCACGAAAGAUUGUUGUGUUUGCUGCAAAGCAACUUGAAAAGUAUAGCAACACAGAAAAGUCUCUUACUUCACCUAAGGAUAUGUUGGCUCGGUUCAAGCGUUCUCGAGAAGGGGAGGUGCUAAUCACGGAUAAACAGGUGCUGGCUCAUGUGUCUGCAAACAUCUUUGCGGGGAGUGAUACAACAGCCAUAGCCUUGCGGGCAAUAAUUUAUUUCCUCUGCAAAAAUCCAACUUGCUACCAGGAUGCCGUUGCAGAACUCGAUAAAUUUGAUCGCGACGAGGAGCUAUCAGAUCCAGUAAAAUUCGCCGAAGCCAUGCGAAUGCCUUAUCUCCAGGCGUGUAUUAAAGAGGCGAUGCGACUACACCCGUCAGGUGGCCAGAUGCUGGAGCGAGUUGUUCCGGAAGGCGGAUCGACACUUUCAGGUGUUUAUUUGCAAGAGGGCACGAUAGUUGGCAUGAAUCCUUGGGUUACCAGUCGAGAUGAAGUUGUGUACGGAUCGGAUGUGGAUGAGUUUCGUCCCGACCGGUGGCUCACGGCUGAACCAUCGAAGCUUCAGGCCAUGGAGAGGAACUUCCUCGCCUUCGGCGCAGGAUCUCGAACUUGCAUUGGCAAGAAUGUGUCCCUCCUGGAAAUCUCUAAGCUUAUACCGCAACUUCUUCGAAGAUACGAUAUUCACCUAUCACGCCCGGACGCGGAGCUAACCUUGACGGGGUUCUUCUUUGUCAAACAAACUGGGCUCUACUGUCGAUUGACGAGGCGAAAGAAUAGCAGUUAA